AUGAAUGAAGGCCAAGCUAAACAGAGCAGUCUGGGUGUGCUGUCUGCAAGCUUCAGUGACUAUUUGGAUCAACGGCCUUUGCAAUGUGUGGUUUUGGGCUUUGUCAACGGGAAUGGCAACGGCACGAUUGGUAAUGGAGGCAGAGGCGAGGGUAGGAUACGAGGUCACAGAGAGGGCGAAGGAGGGAAUGGAGAAAGGAGGAGACUCCGGCCACGUGUUAAAGCCCAGUCCACACUGGAUGGAGAAGAAUGCAGGGAGAACGGUGGAAAACACAGAGUGAGACGGCUGUGUCAUUAUGUGGUGAACCUACGGUACUUUGAGAUGUGUAUCCUCACAGUCAUCACCAUGAGCAGCAUCGCCCUCGCUGCUGAAGACCCUGUGCAGGCCAAUGCCCCGCGCAAUGAUGUGCUGAAAUACCUAGAUUACGUCUUCACUGGUGUGUUCACAUUUGAGAUGGUUAUAAAGAUGAUCGAUCUUGGGCUGCUGUUGCAUCCUGGGUCUUACUUCAGGGAUCCGUGGAACAUACUGGACUUCAUUGUAGUCACUGGUGCUCUGGUGGCCUUCGCCUGCUCGGGUCAGUUCCUGGAGUACGGCAGUGAUGGAGGGGCCAUGACACAGCCACGCGAGUGGAAAAAGUAUGAUUUCCAUUAUGACAACGUCCUGUGGGCCUUUCUGACCCUGUUCACUGUCUCUACAGGAGAGGGCUGGCCAACAGUGCUGAAACACUCUGUUGAUGCCACAUUUGAAGACCAGGGUCCCAGUCCGGGUUACCGCAUGGAAACCUCCAUCUUCUACGUGGUCUACUUCAUCGUCUUCCCCUUCUUCUUUGUCAACAUCUUUGUGGCUUUGAUCAUCAUCACAUUCCAGGAGCAGGGAGAUAAAGCCAUGUCAGAUUGCAGCUUGGAAAAGAACGAGCGAGCUUGUAUCGACUUUGCCAUCAACGCCAAACCUCUGACUCGUUACAUGCCGCAAGACAAGCAGUCUUACCAGUACAAGAUAUGGAAGUUCGUGGUGUCCACUCCAUUUGAGUACUCCAUCCUGACCAUGAUCGCCAUCAACACAGUGGUUCUCAUGAUGAAGUUCCAUGGUGCUCCUAAACCGUAUGAGGACAUGUUGAAGUGGUUGAACAUCAUCUUCACAGCUCUCUUCACGCUGGAGUGCAUUCUCAAGGUCAUCGCCUUUGGCCCUCUGAACUACCUAAAGGAGGCAUGGAAUAUUUUUGAUUUUGUUACUGUGCUGGGGAGCAUCACUGAUAUCCUGGUUACUGAGAUCAAGGAUAAGAGGAUUAAUCUGAGUUUCCUGAGACUCUUCCGGGCCGCUCGUCUCAUUAAACUCCUCCGUCAGGGCUACACCAUUCGCAUCCUGCUCUGGACCUUCGUUCAGUCCUUUAAGGCUCUACCGUAUGUGUGUCUCCUCAUUGCAAUGCUCUUCUUCAUAUACGCCAUCAUCGGGAUGCAGGUGUUUGGUAACAUCAUGUUGUCCGAGGAGUCAGCUAUCAACAUUCACAAUAACUUCCAAACUUUUUUUCAGGCCCUCAUGUUGUUGUUCAGGAGUGCUACAGGGGAGGGUUGGCAUGAAAUUAUGCUGUCUUGUCUGAGCGACAGGCCAUGUGACCGUGACUCUGGCUAUACUGGAAAAGAGUGUGGCAGUGAUUUCGCUUACUUCUACUUUGUCUCUUUCAUCUUCCUUUGUUCCUUCCUGAUGCUGAAUCUGUUCGUCGCCGUCAUCAUGGAUAACUUUGAGUACCUGACACGUGACGCUUCUAUUCUCGGGCCUCAUCACCUCGACGAGUUCAUCCGUGUCUGGGCUGAGUACGACCCUGCCGCCUGUGGAAGGAUACACUAUAUGGAUAUGUACAAUUUGUUGCGCAUAAUCUCACCCCCCCUUGGUUUAGGAAAGAAGUGCCCUAAUAGGGUGGCAUACAAGCGGUUGGUGAGGAUGAACAUGCCCAUAGCUGAAGACAGUACGGUUCACUUUACCUCCACUUUAAUGGCUCUCAUCCGGACCGCCCUGGAGAUUAAACUGGCAUCAGCGUCACUGGUACAGGGCUGCCUGUUUUGGUACCAGGCCAUUCUGCCACUUUGA